ACAAAAUGGCGAAAUUGGCGAAAAAUUUCCAGCGGCUCGUGCUCUGGUUCGUGCGAACAUGGUUGAAACUGGUUCCAGUCGGCAGGUCUUUGCGGAGCUCUGCGUUUUACCUAAAUGCAUCUUUCCUCUUCGGUUGAUAAAACGGGCCUCAAUGAAUGGAGUGGGUUUGGCAGUACCCCAUUUGAACCACGCAUACAUACAUAGAAAAAAAAAGCAAAACAAAGAGGGGGGUGGGCAUUGUGGUGCUGAUGAGUCUUCCUGGUGUCCAGGUAACUCUGCUGUGAUGCCGAUUCGCCGAACAGCGGCCACUCCAACCCAGGAGAAGACCCCCUCCUCGGCUGCAGACAAAGAACCGGAAGCCUCCUCUGAGGAGUCGCCCUCUGCUGACGAGGAGCAGGCAGCACCGUCGGCGGCACCGGCUGAGGGUGAGGAGGAUGAGGCAAAGGGCGACGCCGAGCCCACGGAGAAUGGGGAGAAGGCCGACGAAGGCGUCUCCGCCGAGAAAGAAGGGGAGGGAGACGCGAAGAAAGAUGACAAAUGCAAGGACUGCGCGGCUGGACAUUGCGCAACACACUGCUAUGUUCUCCUACUAAGGAUGAAGGAUGGCUACAAGUACGAGAAAUCCAAAGCCAAGAAGGUGAAGCGGACCAUUCCUGCGUGGGCUAGCGUGACCGCAAACAAAAACAUUCCCGUUACCAACUAUGCAGGCUCGCAGAAAAAAGUGGAUAACAUCCUAAUCGAGGCUUUAACGUCUUUUAACGACAAGUCCGGGGUUUCCUUCCAAUCACUCAUGAAGUAUAUUCUGAAGAAGUACCCGGGCAUGGAGCUGAACAAGAAGAAGUUUCUCAUAAAGAAAGCCAUGAAAAAGCACCUGGAGAAGGGCAGCAUCAAACAGCUGAAGGGCAAGGGCCUCUCGGGAACGUUCGCCAUGGGAAAGCAGCCUCCUCAGUCAAAGAAAGCCGGCCAGAAGCAGGAGUGUCUGGGAGAUGCCCUUCCUCUCAUCAUCACUCGGCUCUGUGAGCCCAAAGAGGCCUCCUACAACCUGAUCAAGAAGUACCUAGAGCAGCACUUCCCCAGCUUCAACAUUGAAAACAGGCCUGAUGUCCUGAAAACCGCCCUGGUGAAGGCAGUAGAGAAAGGACACCUGGAGCAAAUCACUGGGAAGGGGGCCCGGGGGACUUUUCAGCUGAGGCGCCCCGGCAACAAGACCCUGCCGAAGGGCGGCAUCCUGGAAGACGCCAUCACAGUCGCCAUCACAGCCAUGAACGAGCCCAAAACGUGCAGCACCACAUCUCUACGCAAAUAUCUAAUAGACGCCAACAAGGACAUGAGGGAGAACCAGUUAGUGGCCAAUCUCCGGAGGACCUUGAAAAAGUGCAAAGUUCUGGGCUGGAUGGAACAGAUCACCGGUCACGGUUUCACAGGAACCUACCAGCUCUCCUUCCCCUUCUACCCGAGCCCAACUAUCCUGUAUCCAGACAAGUUCAAAGAGACUCCCGAGAAACCACCCAAACGGAGGAAGGCAGCUGACUCCUCAGAUGAGGAAGAGUCCGAGGAAGAGGAGUCGGAGGAAGAGGAGUCAUCAGAGGAUGAAGCUCCCGCUCGUAGACGGAAAUCCCAAAAGAGACCUCCACCCAAGGCUCGCCGCCCUCCCCCCACCAAGAGGUCCCGGAGCAGCAGUCAGACGAAAGCUAAAAGCAAGGGACGCCCGCUACCAAAGACGCCUCCCGCCAAGAAAGCCGCGCCUCCGGCCAAGAGAUCGGGAAGGAAGCAGCCAGCGGCGACCAAGAAGGAGUCGGCGCCGGCAGCUAAAGCCACACCGGUGAAGAAAGGCGCGCCUCCCAGCAAGCCCAAGACACCAGCCGUCAAGAAGCUGGCCAAAAGGGGGUCCAGGAGACCUCUGACCAGAGAGACCUCCCCCGAGGAGACAAAGGGCCGGUCCAGGCGGUCCGAGUCCGAAGAAUCUUCCCCCGAAGAGCCCCCGGCUAAAAAGCCGGCAGCCAAAGGCGGGUCCAGACGGUCCGCGCCGGUGCAGUCGCCCGCCAAGCAGCCCCAGGCAAAAAAACAGGCCAAAGGCCGAAAGCAGUCGGCCCGAAAGUCCAAGAGAGGGAAGCACUGAGCCCAGAGCUGGCCCCCACAAACUGGGCUGCGCUGGAUCUGCAGCAGUCUGCCGCUUUGUUUCAGUGCUCGGUUUUUAUCAUUGUUUUCCUCCCUUUUUUUUAAGGAGCCGUAGGUUGUUUUUGUUUUUUUUAUUUCCAUUGUAGAACGAGGGCGUUAUCCUUCCACUUGCGUUAGCCGUACUUUGGAGAAUUUCUGAAAUUCCUUUUUAACGACGGUGCGUAGAGACCGCUGGGUUAGUGUUGCCGUUCAAACUGCCAGCCCGGAGAGUAAAGCAACACCCAGCAUCCUGUAACUAGAGCCAUGUAGUGACUUCUGUUUUCAUUUGUUCCUCAUCAGCUGUUUGUAGGUGCUGCCAGCACACAUUCCUAAUCUCGAAUGAAGAGAGGUCUGUGUACCGGAGGGGUGCAGAGUGUCUCCUUUUUAAAGUUCAAAUUUGGGUUGAGGAGUUACUAAUGUUGCCACUUUAUAAAAGACAGAUCUGAGGUGGAUCGCUCUGUCUUAGAAUAAAGUAACAACACUUUGGCCACACAGUAGAAAAUUUAAAAAAAUCUUAAAUUUUAUCCAUAUUUAUUCAUUUUAAUAUAGUUAUCCUUAAUAUCGUUUACUUUUCUAAAAAAAAAUCCCCAGAGGCCUGCAGGACCAUGUUGAUGAUUUAACGAAGGGCAAAACACUUAGUAUUCAUUUUUCAGGAAAAGACAACCUCUCUUGAUGUGUUUAAGCAAGCGUACGCAUUAAACCGAUCUUAUUGCUUCACAACCGUUAGUACCAAAAGAUCAGACACGUGGUGUGAAUAAGAUCCAGGAGGAUAAUAGCUCAUACAUACCCUGCAUGCAUGUAUUCCUUGUGUUGUUAAGCUUUUUCCAAGUCAUUAAUAAAAUGGCUAUAUUUGUAAGUUUGUUGUGUUUUAUUCAAUUCCUCCUGCGUAGUGGUGGUUUGACCAUCAUUUUCGAGACCGUUUAUGCAGUUUCCUGCGGCAUCAGUUUCAUGUCUGAAAGCCUUUGCCCUGUCCAGUGCCAGCUUCAGCCUGAACAGAUGCAGUUUGGUUUGAAGGUUUUCAGCAGCUUCACAUUUUGGUCGGAUCCCAAUUCAAUGAGACAUGUUUGAACGUGGUGGAAAAACAGCUACAAGGUUGUAAUUACAGUUUAGUCUGCAUCAUUAUUUUAACCCCAGAAAAAAAUGUACUUUGAUUUAUGUUACUUUUCUCACAAAUCUGAUUUUUUGUAUAAUUUUUUGGGGACGCAAAUAUUUAAUCAGACCAAGGUGUGUCAUAAAAUUAGUCUCCUUCCCAGUCACCAAAUAUUUGUAACGCAACCAUAAAAUCUUUAUAAUCAAGUUUUUUCUGCCUGAAUGUAAACUGAGUGGAGUCAGAUCUGCUCACCUGGUUGAGAAGCUUGUGCAAAUAACAGAAAAUGUACACGAGUACUCGUAUUUCAAUACACUUCAACUUUCUACUUCUUUGCUACACGUCACCGGGAAAUGUGGCCAGUUUUUACUACCCUUUCUUUUAUCUAACGGCCCCUCCUGUUACAGGAUACUUUUCAGAUCAACACUUUGCAUGAGUUGUUAAUGUUUACACACAGUCAGACCGUGAACCUUCUCAUGCAGAUGAAACGCCUUGAUGUCGUUUCCAAAUUUUCACCUGUUCCUUACGGAAAGGAGGAAAGAUGCGGUACAUAACAGGGCCCUUUCUUUCCUCCACUGUGCAGUCAUUUAGUAUUCACACCAUAAACGGCUCAUCUUUGAUAAACGUCAUUGUUCUGAUUAAAGCUUUUACAAAGACUGGUUGUGGCCUUAUUUUAUCCAAUUGGUCUGGAGUCGCUGUUUUAGGUGUCCAGUAGC